AUGACUUCACAACAUCCUGUUAUUGUUGUUCUGGGUUCAACUGGAAAUCAAGGCAGAGGCGUGGUACAAUCACUUCUGCGCGAACCCGGGCCCAUAACGUGGAAUGUUCGCGCCGUGACGCGAAAUCCAGAAUCUCCUGCGGCUCAAGAGCUUCUGAAUGCUUUCCAAACGCCCGACAAGCGCUUGAGUCUUCAGGCUGGUGACAUUUACGAUGUAGCAAGCUUCGAAGAUGCUUUCAGUGGGGCGUAUGGAGUGUUUGCGGUGACUAGCGAGCACUCGAACAAAAUCAUUGCGAACGAAGAAGACAUGAAACAUGAACUACAAGCCGGCAGAAACAUUGUUGCUACCGCGAAAAGUUGCAAUGUGAAGCACUUUGUUUUCAGCAGCUUGCCUAAUAUGAAAGAAGUCACGUCGGGGCAGUUUGAAAAGAUCUUCCAUAUGGAUCAUAAGUCCAUUAUUGAGCAAUGGGCCAAAGAAGAACUAUCAGCGGUCACUUGCCUCAUUCCUGGUCUUUUUCUCACCAAUCUGAAGCGCCCACAGUACUGCCGGAGAGAAGCAGAUGGAGUUGUUCGCUUUUGUACACCGAUCCCGGCCACCAAGCUUGUUGAAUGGGUCGAUCCUGAGCACGAUAUGGGGCUCUUUGCUGCACGAGUCUUUUCUCUGGGGACCACAAAGACAGCUGGCAAGAACUAUUUUGUUGCUGGUAAAAAGUUCCGUAUGCAAGAUCUCGCUUCGACAUUCACACGACACACCGGCCAACCGGCGGUCUACAAUCCAAUCACUAUUGAUGAGUGGGCCGAUAUGGCGUCGCGUGCGGUUGGUCCUGGAUUCAAAGAGGAUAUUCGCCAGAUGAUGGAAUGGUUCUCGAUCGCUCCAGAGGAGAAAAGUUGUUAUGGCGCUUUGGAUCCUGCCGAUGACAUUGCGCAAGAGGAACUUGGCUUAGAAGCUAGUUCCUUUGAAGACUGGUUGAAGCGUACUAACUGGGCUGGACCAUAA